AUAUUCAAAUCCCUCAUCUCACAAUUCCAACACACACACACACACAAAAACAAAUCUUGCAAUUCACAAAAAUGGCAUCAAGAAUUUCUGCAUGGCCACUUAUUCAAACCCUAAUCCUAGUCACAUUCGCCUCAAUCUCGCCGCAACUAGCCGAUGCACGAGCUUUCUUCGUUUUCGGCGACUCGCUCGUCGACAACGGCAACAACAACUACCUAAUCACUAGCGCUCGUGCAGAUUCCCCUCCUUACGGAAUCGACUAUCCAACUCAUCGCCCCACCGGCCGUUUCUCUAACGGCCUCAACAUUCCCGAUAUCAUAAGUGAGCAAUUGGGAAUGGAGCCAACAAUGCCAUACUUAAGCCCAUUUCUAAAGGGUGAUAAACUUCUUGUUGGUGCUAAUUUUGCUUCUGCUGGAGUUGGAAUACUUAAUGACACUGGAAUCCAGUUUUUAAAUAUUAUUAGGAUUGGUAAGCAAAUAGAGUACUUCCAGCAGUACCAGACACGUGUCGCCGGUCAAAUCGGGCCGGACCAAACUCGGGUAUUGGUCAACCAAGCGCUCGUGCUUAUCACGCUUGGCGGGAACGACUUCGUGAACAACUACUAUUUGGUGCCGUUUUCCGCGAGAUCCCGACAGUUUUCGCUGCCGGACUACGUUCGGUUCCUCAUUUCCGAGUAUCGCAAAGUUUUGACGAAGCUGUAUGAUUUGGGAGCUAGAAGGGUGUUGGUGACCGGAACAGGGCCGUUGGGGUGCGUGCCGGCUGAGCUGGCGCAACGGAGCAGGGGCGGCGAGUGCGCGGUGGAGCUGAUGAGGGCGGCGGCGUUGUUCAACCCACAGCUAACUGAAAUGAUUAGCAGCGUGAACAGUGAAAUUGGGGCAGAUGUGUUUGUUGCUGCCAAUACUUACACUAUGCAUAUGGACUUUGUAUCUAAUCCUCAAGCCUAUGGAUUUAUUACAUCAAAGAUAGCAUGUUGUGGACAAGGCCCAUACAAUGGAAUUGGGCUUUGUACACCAUUGUCCAAUUUGUGCCCAAAUAGAGAUUUGUAUGCAUUUUGGGACCCAUUUCACCCUUCUGAAAGGGCCAAUAGAAUCAUAGUCCAACAGAUAUUGACCGGUGACAACAAGUACAUGAAGCCCAUGAAUCUCUCCACUAUUCUCGCAGUGGACUCGAGGACCUAAAAUCGUCAUUUCACGUCGACGAAUUUUCGUUUCAAUAAUGAUUUGUUUAUUUCGAUUUUUCUCUAGUAAUUGUUGUGAUUAAUUUGUACGAUGAUGGCUAGUUUGUGGCGAAUUCGAUGUUGGUUUUUUUUUUUUUGGGAAUAAUUGUUGUAUCGUAGCACGAAGGGGUUUGUUUAAGGGUGUGUUUGGUCGAGCAAGUUUUGCUAGUUUAUGAAAGUUGAUUGAGAUUUAUAACGCGUGU